AUGAUUACAGAUGUCCUUUUCACAAAGAACCGCCCUCUAUUUGAACAAAUACUUUUUCUUUUUUUCUUUCUUUCUCUCUCUCUCUCUCUCUCUUUUUUCUUUCUUUCUUUCUUUCUUUCUUUCUUUCUUUCACUCUCUUUAAUUAAAGAAUUUGCUUCUUUCUCCUUAUCUUUUUCCUUCUUCUCUUCAUCAGCAGUAUGUUUAUCUAUCUAUCUAUCUAUCUAUCUAUCUAUCUAUCUAUACCAUACCCAUCCAUACGUUCUUUUUUUUUUCUUGCUCUCUCUCUUAUACGCACACAUGAAAACACACAGGCGCAUGCUCGCCUACACCGAAACACGGAAAACCAAUGCCCCCCUCCUCGAGCGCACUAACGAAUCUCUUUCCCGCGGAGUUGGUUCAUCGUUCCUCCGCAGAAAAUCCGUAAUUAUUCUGUUUCGGUCUAUAUCUAUCUAUCUAUCUAUCUAUCUAUCUAUCUAUCUAUCUAUCUAUCUGUCUCAAUCUGUUCAUAUCAGUCUCAGUCUGUUCAUAUCUAUCUAUCUAUCUAUCUAUCUAUCUAUCUAUCUAUCUAUCUAUCUAUCUCAGUUUUUACCGCCGCUGGCUAGCAGCAAUGCGAAAAGGGGAGCCGAGUGCGUAAGUCUUCCCCUGCCAGUAUAUAGCCUCUCCAUCAGCAAGCCCUAUGUAGUGCCUCCUCGUGGCGACACAUGGCAACCGUGCACCUUGCGGACUCGGGCUAAACUACAGGAGACGGGGGAGGAUUUUGGCCCCCUUAACGUGCAUGACAUAAUAUCUAUCAUAUCUAUCUAUUUGUCAUUCUAUCUAUCUAUCUAUCUAUCUAUCUAUCUACCGAUCUCAGUAGUUUCAUAUCAAUCUCUGUUUUUAAAUAUCAAUUUGUCCUCCUCAGUAGUUAUUUAUGUUAGUCUCUUCAUUCUCUGCUUCUCUAUCUAUCUAUCUAUCUAUCUAUCUAUGUUUAUAUAUCUAUCAGUCUGUUUAUAUCUAUCUAUCUAUCUAUCUAAGGUUAUUUUUUAUUCUUUGCACUGA